AUCGAGAGAUAAGGGCGUGAAUGACUUGAAAUGAAUUGUCAAGUAGUUUGUACAUACCCAAAAAUUACGUGAACGUUCAGUGACUGAUGCGAUCGAAUUCCAUAAUGAGGCAACACGAUCGGACCGCAUUAUUCCUAGUGCUGAUUGUCCUGAACGAGCAGGUGUACAAUGGACUCACCGAGAACCAGUUCAACAAUCCAACCUUCUUUAGGAUCGGCGGUGUUUUUUCCAACAACGAGAGCAUAGAAUAUUUCCGGGAAACGUUAAGCACUCUGAACUUGAACUCGAAAUAUGUCAAUAAAGGCGUGACCUACAAGCACACGGUAAUUGAAAUGGAUUCGAACCCAAUUAGAACAGCUUUGAGAGUUUGCACCAAUUUGAUAGCGGAACAAGUGUACGCCGUGGUUGUGUCUCAUCCGCUUACGGGUGAUUUAUCGCCAGCUGCUGUUUCUUAUACCAGCGGAUUCUAUCAUAUUCCCGUUAUUGGUAUAUCGUCGAGAGACUCUGCUUUCUCAGACAAAAACAUUCACGUUUCCUUCUUAAGAACCGUACCACCAUAUUCGCACCAGGCGGACGUAUGGGUGGAACUAUUGAAACACUUCAACUACAUGAAAGUGAUUUUCAUUCAUAGUUCUGAUACUGAUGGUCGAGCUCUACUUGGGCGUUUCCAAACGACUUCUCAGAACUUGGAGGACGAUGUGGAGAUCAAGGUUCAGGUAGAAUCUGUUAUCGAAUUCGAACCUGGACUUCAAAGCUUCAUGCAUCAGUUGAUAGACAUGAAAGGCGCGCAAGCUAGGGUUUGCCUUUUGUACGCUUCGAAGACAGAUGCGAGCGUGAUCUUCCAAGAUGCUGCGGCUCUAAACAUGACCGGUGCAGGAUACGUGUGGAUCGUGACGGAGCAAGCCUUAGAUGCGCCGAACGCACCGGAAGGUCUUCUCGGCUUGAAAUUAAUUAACGCUGAGAAAGAAAAGGCGCACAUCAUGGAUAGCUUGUCAGUUCCUUUCCAAUCGUACAUAGACAUCCACGCAUUGCUUGUAUCUGCUUUACGGAAGAUGAACGAGACGAAAGAGAUCACAGAGGCACCUAAGAACUGUGGAGACUCGGGUUCCAUAUGGGAAACCGGAAAAAAUCUGUUCGAAUUCAUCCGGGAGCAAGUGUUGAUUGAUGGAGCUACCGGCAGAGUAGCCUUUGAUGACAAUGGAGACCGUAUUUACGCCGAGUAUGACAUUAUCAACAUCAAGGAGGAUGGCGAACAUGUUUCCGUCGGGCAGUACUUCUAUCCAUCUAAUGGUACCAAAAUGAAGUUAAGCCUUAACGAGAUGAACAUAACGUGGCCUGGUCGAGUAGCAACCAAACCGGAGGGUUUCAUGAUUCCUACGCACUUAAAAGUGCUCACAAUCGAAGAAAAGCCUUUUGUUUACGUCCGCGAAAUCGCGGACAGUGAAUCUUGCCUACCAGAAGAAAUAUUAUGUCCACAUUUCAAUGUCACUGAUCAGCAAAGCACAAAAAGAUACUGCUGUAAAGGAUACUGUAUGGAUCUGUUGAAACAACUGUCGAAAACUAUUAAUUUCACCUACAGUUUGGCUCUGUCGCCCGAUGGACAGUUCGGCAGCUACAUAAUCAAGAACAGUUCAGUUGGAGGAAAGAAAGAAUGGACAGGCCUAAUAGGAGAGCUGGUGAACGAAAGAGCGGACAUGAUAGUUGCCCCCUUAACGAUCAAUCCUGAACGCGCUGAGUUCAUUGAAUUCAGUAAACCCUUCAAAUAUCAGGGUAUCACUAUUCUCGAAAAGAAGCCAUCAAGAUCCUCGACGCUGGUGUCGUUCUUGCAACCGUUCAGCAACACCCUGUGGAUUCUGGUGAUGGUGUCGGUGCACGUAGUGGCUCUAGUUCUGUACCUCCUCGACCGGUUCUCGCCUUUCGGGAGGUUCAAGCUAGCAAACACUGACGGUACCGAAGAGGAUGCCCUGAACUUAUCUAGCGCCGUCUGGUUCGCUUGGGGAGUCCUCCUCAACAGUGGAAUAGGAGAAGGUACUCCGCGAAGUUUCUCUGCUCGCGUGUUGGGUAUGGUGUGGGCAGGAUUCGCAAUGAUUAUCGUAGCCUCGUACACUGCCAACCUGGCUGCAUUCUUGGUGUUGGAGAGGCCGAAGACUAAGUUAACCGGUAUCAACGAUGCUCGACUUAGAAACACCAUGGAGAAUCUUACGUGUGCCACGGUGAAAGGCUCUGCCGUGGACAUGUACUUUCGACGACAGGUCGAACUAUCAAACAUGUAUCGCACAAUGGAAGCUAACAAUUAUGACACUGCCGAAGAAGCUAUUAGAGAUAUUAAAAUCGGAAAACUUAUGGCAUUUAUUUGGGACAGUUCCCGAUUAGAAUUCGAGGCCGCACAAGACUGUGAACUGGUAACUGCUGGAGAACUGUUUGGACGAUCCGGUUAUGGUAUCGGUUUGCAGAAAGGCUCUUUAUGGGCUGAUGCGGUAACCAUCGCUAUUUUAGACUUUCAUGAAAGUGGUUUCAUGGAAAGCUUAGACGAUCAUUGGAUCUUCCUCGAUAAUAGACAGCAAUGCGAACAACUUGAGAACACUCCGAACACCUUAGGUUUGAAGAACAUGGCUGGAGUGUUCAUAGUUGUCGGAGUCGGAAUCGUUGGCGGUAUCGGGCUAAUCAUAAUCGAAGUGGCAUACAAAAAGCACCAGAUUCGCAAACAGAAAAAGAUGGAAUUAGCAAGACACGCCGCCGAUAAAUGGAGAGGUGCGAUCGAGGUAAUGCUUCCUUUUUUUCUUGAAGAUAAUUUCUAUCGCUGUUUCGUGAGAACUCUGUGUUUAUCAGUAAAUCGCAAGCAGCCAGGAGAAAACAGGAGCAACGCAGGGAAAUCUAACAGACCUCGUAACGAUACAAAUAAAAAACAUGAUCAAACCAAACACAUACAUAGACACUGUAUAGAUCAGACAAAGGCACAGACACGCUUCGCCAGCUUUAGCGAUAAGACAAUUAUGUAUAUAGUUAAUUGCCGUAAAAUUAGAUUUUGCGCUUUGUACAGGUCAAUGCGAAAUACGAUAAGGAUAGAACAAUUAUCCUUCGUAUCUUGCAUCACAAUCGCUUAUUUUAUACAACGUUGGCAUUUUAUGCCGUUUGCUUCUUUUGUAUUUGAUACAUGCUUUGAAUUAUUGUUCAUUCAUUCAAUGCAUCUUUAUAUGCAUUAUUCAUUAAUGCAUUACGAUUCGAAUGUCAAACGUGGUGUAGUGAAAGAAUUUUACCAGUGAUGGGCAACUAUGUCCAUGAGGAUCUGGUGCACAGAUGUGCAAGAGGUGUGCACUCAUGGGCAUUCGUUUGGUAACGACGGUAUUUACAUGUGGUCAUCUAGAGUGAGAUGUUGCUGAGCCUCUCUAGACUCUAAGUUAUUUUCAGCUGUAUCUAAAUUCUAUAUCAAGUUGUCCUCGAAUCCUUAUAGUUUCUGUGGCCCUACUUGAGUUGUGUAAUCGUAGGUUUUAUGAUCCUUCGACCUUCUUUAAAUUCUGUGACCCUAGAUUCUAUGACCUUCUCUAGGUUCGAUGACCUUACGUUUUUCCUAACCUUCAUUCUAAGCUCCUCCUAUGCAUGCAUGCUGCCGCCCAUAAGCUCUCCAGCAGGCACUUUAUCUGACCACCACUCAAUUAGAACAGUCGCUAAAAACGCAAAAUUUUAAUAGUUCUAUUUAAAACAAUUCAUACACUGUAAUGUAACCUUGAAAUUUGAUAGCGUUAGUCGAAGCGAAAAAACGAAUAUUUUUUUUUAAAUAAAUUGUUCUAAUUUGAAUUUUCAUUUGUUUUUUC